AUGGGUGGCCCUCCAGGAUCUCAGGCAGCGCCCCUACCCGCGAACCUCCCCUUCCGCAUCGUAUCGAAAACCAUAGGCUCCGGCGCAUAUGCCUCGAUCCGUAAAGCCAUUCCACCAAACUCUUCCGGCCCCGUCAUCGCCGUCAAAUUCAUCAACAAAGACCACGCCUUCCGCGCCGGCCGUCUCCGUCCCAAACAACUCCUCAUUGAGAUUUCCGUCCACGCCCACGUCUCCUCUCAUCCACACAUCAUCAAAUACAUCGCCCAUGGCGAAGACCCCGCGUGGGUCUGGCUCGCCCUCGAAUUAGCCGAUGGAGGCGACCUGUUUGACAAGAUCGAAGCGGAUUCCGGUGUAGGCGAGGAUGUUGCGCAUUUCUACUUUACGCAACUGAUCUCGGCGAUUGCAUGGUGUCAUGGAAAAGGUGUGGCGCAUCGGGACAUCAAACCCGAGAACGUGCUGCUUUCUGGCGAUGGGGAUUUGAAGUUGGCGGAUUUUGGGCUGGCGACGCAGUUUUUGGACUUGAAGAGCGGGGAGAGGAAGACCUGUGGUAUGGUCUGCGGGAGUCCUCCGUAUAUUGCUCCGGAGAUCAUUGAGGUGGGCAAGGUGAAUCAGAAGAGGAAGAGUAGAAACGAUGAUAAGCUGGGCUAUGAUCCUGCCGUUGCGGAUGUUUGGAGUUGCGCGAUUGUGCUCUUUGUGCUGCUGGUGGGCAACACGCCUUGGGAUAGCCCGGUCAUGGAGGAGAGUUAUGAGUAUCAUGAAUAUGUCACGACAAAAGGCCGGAGUACGGACGAGUUGUGGGAGGGCGUUCCGGCUGAAGCGUUAUCGCUUGUGAGAGGAAUGUUGAGUGUGGAACCCGAGGGCCGCUUUACGAUGGAGUCUGUGAGAAGACACCCUUGGUUCACGAGGAGUAACCCGCAUUUGAACUCGAAGGGGAGGGUUAAGGAUCCGAUCUCACUAGCCACGCAGAUGAUGGAGUCACUGAAGGUGGAUUUCUCGGCUGGGGUGCAGAGUAGUCAGCGACGAAGAGCGCCUGUGGCUAGCAGUCAGGGGGCAAAUAUGGAUACCGACAGACACAAACCAAACUGGGCACAACUUGCAUCGACACAACCCGAAACACCUAUUUCAGACACUUCAGCUUUCGAUUGGGAAACUCCGCCACGGCUCGGAGCUGGAAAUGGUAUACCCGCUUCUCAACCACAAACGAACGACGAUAGAAUAGCUGCAGUGGCAGCUCAUACUUCAAUUGCAGCACGGAAAGGCGAGCCCACGCCCACCAACCUCCACGCUCUCUUUUCCGAGGACCCAUCGAUGAGCCAGUUCUCAGCUACGCCUACUGUUCCUCUCACGCUCACGCAGGUCGCGCGCAAGUUCAAUCACAUUGUUCCCUCCCACUCGCUCACGCGCUUUAGCUCACUUCUGCCCUUCAGCCAGCUGCUGCCUAUGCUCCUUAGCGCGCUACACAGGCUCAACAUUCCCGUUGCAACACCUGCAGCUUCGGCAUUGGAGGGCAAGGAAGAUGUUGUCAGCAUCUGGGUCAAGACUUUGGAUGCGAACAAAUUGCCUAUACAAGGGCAAGUCGUGGUAGAGAGAAUCAGGGUUGGAGGCACGGAGUUAGGAGUGGUUGAGUGGGAAUUUUUGGAGACACGAUUUUUGAAGCUGAAAGGCGAUCCUCUGGGUUGGCGAAGGUUGUUCAAGCAGGUUGCUGUACUCUGUAAGGAUGGCGUCUUCGGUGCUGGGCAGUAGUGAGACGGUCAACACCGAAUGGAUCACGGUACAGGACUGGAUACGAGGCUUUGGACAGAAAUGGUUACGAC